AUGUCCUGCGAUCGCCCCCGGUCGCAUAAUAUAGCGGCCAAAAGGUCACAAUUGCCUCGCGCAGAUGGACCUACGAGACGAGCUUGCAUCAACUGCCGCCAGCGAAAGAUCCGCUGCGAUAUUGUCGACAAAGGCGUUCCUUGUACGAACUGCAAUACGCACGGCCGAUUGGGGUGUCGCAUGUGUCCUAACAAAAAGGACGCAAGACAAUCCUUGAACCGACCAGCCAUUCUCGCUCCACUCCGUCCUCGAGAAGCUACAAACUCACCAGCAGCCCUGUCACCUAUAGUCACUGAGCCAGCUUCCACUGCAAGAGAGGAUGGCGAGCAAGAUCUGGGGUCCCACCUCUUGAACCGCAAUGACAAAACAGAGGUCGAGCUUAGCCAGGUCGAGCUCGGCCAUCGGACUCGUUGCCAUUUCAUUGGAUCCGAGCUCUCUAACUGCCAUUACCUUGUGCGACAGAGCACCUCUGAGACUGGACUUGAUAAGGUCUUUCACUUUGGCAACGGUCAGUUAGACUCUUCUGAGAAUUGGUACGAAGCACAUAAUAUUCCAGAAGAGAUCCUUAUACGACCCAGCAAGGUUCUUGAAAUGAGACUGAUCAGAGCCUAUUUUGACCUCGUCAACCGUGGGUGGCCAAUUGUGGACGAGGAGCUAUUCAUGACCCAAUAUCAAGAACAGGAUCGCAUGAAUCCCCUCUGCUUGACGCUUCUCAACGCUAUUCUACUCGUCGGAGCACACACGCUGGCAUCCGAAGAUGAGAGUAUGCUUGCUCUGCUUCCUGCCUUUUUCCGAAGAGCCAAAUAUCUGGUCUUGAGUGAUUCAUGGCAUGAUAGACUUAUUUAUGUUCAAGUGCCGCUGCUGUUGACCUGGUAUUCUGAUGCCAAUGCUUGGCAUUGGAUUGGAAUUGCUAUAAGGACGGCAAUGGCCAUGGGACUUCACCGCGAUGCCAGCCACUCAACGAAUCUACCGGUCUACAAGCGAAAGUAUGUCCGAAUCUGGUGGGUUCUCUUCCAGUUUGACACAAUCUCGGCAACUUCAGCUGGUCGGCCUCAAGCUAUAAACCUAUGGGACUCGGAUGUUGCUGAUUUGAAGCCUGCUGACCUCGAAGGGAUUCCUGGGGCGGAGUUCGAGUUUAUCACCUAUCAUACCAAGCUUUGUAAGAUCAUCUCACAAACCAUAAGAGAUGGCUGGUCACCGCGAUCUUCCAUAGAGGCACGAACUGAGGCUAUCAAGAGAGCAGAUGAGUCUCUUGGGAAUCUCAUGCUCGAGCUUCCACCAAGGCUGCAACUUAAACUUUCCGACCUUGAUAUCUGGCAAUCUUUGUUUCACCUGACCCAUCAUAACUUCGUUCUGCUGAUCCACCGCCCCGCACCAAAGCCCGCCAUCAGGGAUCAAUCUCCCGAGGCACAAGAUAACGCCAUCCUUUGCAGGGAAUCAACAGUAGCAAUUGCGUCUAUUUUCGAAGUCCUACUGAACAAAAGGAUGAUCUCUUCCUUAUGGCUAUACAGCAAUCAUGUGCUGUUUACAGCAACUAUCUACAUUCUGAACCAGAUUAGCACUAGCAAGCCGCUCCUGGCUGCCAAAUCGCGGCAUAUACUUGACACGUUUCUUGCAACCCUACGCGAGUUAGUCAAGUAUUGGACUUAUGCAAAAGGGCUGAUGCAGGUUCUUGAGCAAAGGGCCUCCAAAGUCAGAGAAGAGAGAGUUGAAAGGGCGUCUACGAGACUGCACGUUGCAACACCUGGGCAACAACGUCGGCCACCACCCGAUCUUCAGCCAAAUCUACAGGGUGGUCCAUCAUCAUAUGAGCAUCUAAGCGAGAAUCUACCUCCGUGGAGUAAUCAGCAAGCUCAAACACUACCGAAUGCUGCCUUGGCUGAUCUGAUUUCCAAUUCACAGCCCGCAACUACCGAUUUCUAUCCAAGCACGGGCUUUCUAGGAUCUACUCAAGAUCCCCUACUGGAUGAUUUGUUCAUGAUAGACACUUCUGCGCUAGACUUGUUCUUCUACGAUGAUACGCAAUAG